CCCAGGUAAGAACAGAGCUCCACUACAGAUACCAACAAAUCUCUACCCAGGGAAGAACAGAGCUCCACGAUGCUGCUGAGAGAGGAGAUGUGGAGGCAGUUCAGAGACUCCUCUCCACUUCUGUCAAUAUCAACUCCAGGACUGAGGAUGAAGGACACACUGCUCUACUGUUAGCCUCUUGGAAAGGUCAUGUUGAGGUUGUACGUCUGUUGCUCAAGGCUGGAGCUGCUGUCUUCAUUCCGGACAAUGAACCCUGAACGCGCAUGCAAAGCGAAGGUUACAGUACUUGGUUUGUGUCCCUCUGUGUCUACAAUAGGUGAAUGGUGUAAUACAGCGGGACCCACUGGUUUCCCAUACAUUUUACUCCGUUUUAUAGAAUGUCAUUUCCCGCCUAUUACCAUAGAAAAAAUUUUGGUUUUUGCCUGCAAUUAUCAUUAUUGCGCAUGCGUGAUAAGGCAUUCUACAACCUUGGGCUGCAACUCUCCAUUCUCCAUUCUCCACCUGGCUUCCAUUUAGCUUAUGUAAACAUGGCCUAGCUUCGUUAGCUUAGCUAAACAAACUGCAUUGUGCGCUAUGUAUAUACAUACCCUGUGUAUACACAGUAUAGCCAGCCUGCAUUAUAAUUAUACAAGUGGAAAAAUCAUUUGUUCAAAAUGAAGGGGAUAUAGUGAUGGCUUGAAGCACCAAAAAGGAAGAACAAGGGGU